AUGCAUGCAUCGGGCCCUCGCUACGAUCAGGAUCGUCUCGGUAUUGUGUUCCGUGCGACUCCGCGUCAGAGUGAUAUCAUGAUUGUGGCUGGCACACUCACAAACAAAAUGGCGCCAGCCCUCCGCAAAGUGUAUGACCAAAUGCCAGAGCCACGCUGGGUGAUCUCUAUGGGCUCUUGUGCAAAUGGCGGUGGUUACUACCACUAUAGCUACAGUGUCGUGCGUGGAUGCGAUCGGAUCGUUCCUGUUGACCUGUAUGUGCCAGGCUGCCCCCCAAGUGCUGAGGCGCUUUUGUACGGUAUCCUGCAACUGCAGCGCAAGAUCCGCCGGUCUCGCCAAGCUGUCCUGUGGUAUCGCAAGUAG